CGUCUUGCCUGAAUCGCGCAAUUGACUCCGAGGCGUUGCGAAAAUCGGAGCGACCGCCGUCGCAGCGGACGGUCGCCGCGGAGUGCUCCUCCUGAAAAAUGUGGCGGUGCCUUCGGCGAGAAACGUCGUCCCGUGCGAGCGAACGCGACAUCGUUGAGAAACGAUUGGCGGAGGACUCGAAAGAUCCUACGUACCACCGCGGCCUGGGACCUAGUGAAAAUUCGCGUGCGGUCGCGUGCGCAUACGUGCGCAAUAGUGCACGCAUAAUUGGUGCUGCACGGCGGGUGGUUUACGCGGGCGUCCCGUCUACCGUCAGUCGAAGUGGGUGAAACAACUGCUGAAUCCUCGCUGGCGGAUAAACGCUUUGGACACCUCUUGUCAAUGGAUGCUGUCUACUUCUAAUUUUGGUUACCGUUGAUCAUCCACUCGCGUUACAAGCUGUCGUGUUGGGUUUUGUGUUGAAACUUCGUGAUUGUAGAAUUUAAUGUCGUUCUCUUGGUGUAUUUGUCGUUAUUACAGACUGAAUUCACAUAUAGACACAUAUCUCGAUCUUGACAAUCUGCUGAUCGACAUAUUUCGAUAAUGUCUGUGGACACGAGUAUGCUGAAUAUUUUUUUCUAGUGAGACUAUGUGGUGACUGCCGCAAUUAUCGUAAACAACCGGCGCGGCGGUUGAAAAUUCCGUGAAAAAGUAUGUUUAGCUAAAUGCGCGAAAGGAUUUAAAUUGUUAAUACGAGAGCACAUGCAAAGAAAUAUUGCAUCAACCAAGAGAGAUAAAUAUUUAAUACAGCGACAUCAUGGACGAUAAUAUUGAUGAGAAAGACGAUACAAAGCGAAAAUCACGUAAUCUCAGCGAAAAGAAGCGCAGAGACCAAUUCAACAUGCUCGUAAACGAGCUCGGUAGUAUGAUUAGCGCUAAUACGCGGAAAAUGGAUAAAUCUACGGUGCUGAAGUCGACAAUUUUAUUUUUAAAGAAUCACAAUGAGAUAGCAGUUAGAUCGAGAGCCCACGAGAUUCAAGAAGACUGGAAACCGUCUUUCCUUUCUAACGAAGAAUUUACUCAUCUUAUAUUAGAGGCGUUAGAUGGAUUUAUAAUGGUUUUCUCUUCAAAUGGACAUAUUUAUUAUGUCUCUGAAAGUGUUACGUCUUUGCUUGGGUAUCUUCCAAAUGAAUUGGAGAAUACAACUAUUUAUGAUAUAACGUAUCAGGAGGAUCAACCGCAUUUAUACAAUGCUUUAUUGAAUCCUGGCAGCACGCGAGAUAGACGCAGUGUGAAAAAAGAGGACCAAAUUUCAUUUACGUGUCACAUCAAAAGAGGCGGUCUCGAUUUUCGGGAAGAAUCUAUCUAUGAACUUGUACAUUUUAUCGGAUACUUUCGUUCUGCUAUGGAUGACGAUGUUGACAAUCUUUUGUCAAGUCAGAAACUUAGUAAUACCAGUGGAUCAGAUAACAAACUGGUCUUCGUGGGUACGGGACGUUUGCAAACUCCUCAGCUUAUCCGAGAAUUAUCCAUAACCGACAGUGCGAAAUCAGAAUUCAUAUCCCGCCAUAGUCUCGAAUGGAAAUUUUUAUUCUUGGAUCACAGAGCUCCGCCUAUCAUUGGGUAUCUGCCGUUUGAAGUUUUAGGCACUUCUGGUUACGAUUACUACCAUGUGGACGAUUUAGACAAUGUAGUUACGUGCCAUGAAUCACUGAUGCAGAAAGGCGAGGGAACGUCUUGUUACUACAGAUUCCUCACGAAAGGCCAGCAAUGGAUUUGGCUACAGACCAGAUUCUAUAUCACCUAUAAUCAAUGGAAUUCGAAACCUGAGUUUAUCGUGUGCACGCAUUACGUGGUCAGUUAUGUCGACGUAAUGAAGGAAAUGCGAGCGGAAUCGGAGGGUUACGACAAAACGCAGAAUCAGGACGUUUUACAGUCCGUAAAACAAGUAAUGACAUCUUGUCAAACACCGUUGACGCAAUUGUCAAACAAAUCAUCAAGAACGUCGAAGUCAAUGACAGCCGCUUCUAAUCUCCGACCUCGAGGUGAUGGUUCUAACAUGUCUUCAAUAUCCGUCUCAUUACAAAGUUCACCGCAUUCACAAAUAACCCAUGGAUCAAGAUCAAACGCGGCUUCUGCAAGUAGUUCUGUGGUAUCGAAACCAAUAGCAUCAGUAGACAGCAGGCAACAACAACAAACGCAACAGUCACAACAACCGCAACAGCAGCAGCAGCAGCAACAGCAGCAGCAGCAGCAACCACAGCAGCAGCCACAACAACACCAUGCCAAUCAGCCGUGUAUUAAUUUUAUGGAUGCGCAAUAUGCAACGGUUAAUCUGCAAUCGGUUAUUACAACGGGAUUUGCGUCGCCUGCUGCUCCAGUUCUUUCAACUGUACCAACUCAUGAGAUGUUACAUCAGCAAAAUAUAGCGAUGACUCCCGCGCAGAACCAAAUGCAGGAUGAAUUACAACGGAAGCACGAUGAGCUACAACAGUUGAUCGUUCAUCAGCAGGAAGAAUUAAGAAGAGUUUUAGAACAAUUGUUUAUCGCUCGAUAUGGAGGUCUCACACCAUUAUUAAAUACUGGUAUACCGUAUAAUCCAUCGAACCCGUGUCAACAAGCGAACCAAUGUAAUACCAGUAAUACUAACGUGCAGUUGUCCACAUCCAAUAGCGUACAAGGCGUGAACGUACUUCCCAUACCAAUUACUGUGCCAGUGCCUAUAGUGCCUACGGAAUUAUUUUCGCAUUCCUUACAAGUAAAUCCGUCGCCAAACCCGACGCAUGGCAAUGUGGGCGCUAUAAUUCAAAUACAACAACAACAGCAGCAUUCACAAUUGCAACAUCAGCAGCAGCAACAGCAACAACAACAACAGGGGCCACCGCAGCAGGAAGGUAGCAAUGCCGAUCUCGUGCCUUUCCAGAUCUGUCCACAGCAGGCCGAGAUGAUAUAUAAUAAUAUGGAUACGUCUUCAAAUCAACAGCAAACAUCAUCGCAAAAUUAAAAAGAGACUUUCUUUUAUCUUUGAUAUUCUAGUUGUAUUCAUUAAGUAAACUCAAAAUUUUCAAGUUCAAAUUUAGAAUUUUUUAAAAUUCUCUUUUAUUUACUUAUUUUAUUUACUUAUCAUAUCGUGAAAAAAUUGGCAGACAGAAUUUCUAUUGCAAACAUGUAUAUAUAUAUAUAUAUAUAUAUAUAUAUAUAUCCUAUUUUUUUCUUUCCUUUUUUAGAGAAAAUUGCAAAUAUUGUUAUGUUGCGAGUGUACAAAAAUAUUUUAAGAAUAUAGUAAUAAGCGUAUUUGUGUGAUAGUGACAGAUAUUGCGUAAAUAUAACAAAACUUUGACAUUUUAAUAAAAUAACAUUUUUUAACACAAUAAGAAUUUGCCAUUCUACAAUAUUUAUUGCAUCUAUAUUUUUCUUAUAUAGCGAUCUUUAAUUACAAAGACAUUGACUGUCUAUUAAUUUUAUAUGACUAUUUUUAAUUGACAGUCUAUCAAUUUUAUUUUUAAGAAACCAUCAAAUAUGAUGACGUUAAUUUGUCAUAAAUAUCUUAUUAUUAAUUACGUCAUUAAUAAUAAAAAUUUAAUGUUAAUGGAACAUAAAAGUAAUGUCGAAAUGUCACACACUGAUGAGUUACGUUAGUUGAGUUCUGAAGUUCGUGUGAAAGACAUUAUUUUUGACCAAACAUAUACAUACGUUACAAGUAAAAUAAAUUUUAUUUUGAAUGUAAUUAAUAUUACAUUCGAAAAUACACACAAUAAAAUUACGAACAAAAAAGUAUUUUGGAAAAAGAAUUCAUGAUGUUCCCGAGCGUUCACUCUUUCCAAGAAGCCAUUCCUGUUUUAAAAAAAUCAAGAGAAAAUGAUAAAAACAGAUCUAAACUUUAUUACAAUUUUAUUUAAUUCUGUAGUAAAGUUAUCGUUUUGCUUCUUACAUAUGCAAAAUAGAUAACUGGAAUAGCUUCUCUGUUAUGAAAUUAUAUAGUAAACUAUAUAGUAUAAUUUGCAUAAUGUAAAUUACGUUACUACAUAUGGUAUAUUUGAGAUAGACGUAUCCCAUCAGCAGACAAUGUUUUUUAAAUGCUUUUGAAAUAUUUAUUCUUCAUUGUAACGUUUUUUUAAAUAUUUAAAAAAAUAUUAAAAAAAUAUUGUUUUCUGAUAGGGUAAUAAUAAAGCGUCAUUACAUCAAUGGUCAUAAAAAGAUGUACUUUUGGCAUUAUUGAUACGUCAUCAUGUUUGAUGAGAAACUUUGAAACUAUGAGGCAAUAUAAAGUAUAGUAGUAUUGUACUACUAUAUAGUGCUAUUAUAUAGAGAAAUAUAUUAAAACCAAAAUUUGUAAAAGUUACCCGCAUUAUAAAAUGAUCUCUGAAAGAGAUAACGUUUGAUAAGGAAUAAUAAUUUUAUACUUAGAGUAUAAUUUUAUCUAAAUUCUAUCAAUUUGUACAGAUUACAGUAGUACCAAUAUUUUUUCGUAGAAUUAAUAAUUGUUAAUAAUUGUUUUAGCUUUCCUUGUAUUCCUUCCACAUUGAGAACGUAAUUUAUAUCUUUUUAAAAAAGAAAAUGAUUCUGAAAUUGAAAAAUUAUAAUAGGAAGAGAUAGUAAUUAAACAUUUAGGAAUUAAUGCAUUAUAUAUUGUAUAUGUAUUUUGUAUAAAAUUAUUCAAAUAACAAAAAUUCUCGAUGAUGUCCGAGAGUACUGAGCAUAUUCAGGAAAUGCAUUUACUGAGCAUAAGAAAAUGAAAGUAUAUUAUAUUUAAUGUAAAAUUUUUACGUAAAUUUUAGUAAUCUCAUUAGAAUAAUUUGAUAAUAUUUGUGAUCAAUGAAAUGUGAAGCAUUUUUAUACCAACCAAUGAGAGAGCUACGAUCAAAAGGACCCAUCACGUAUAUUUGACGUAUAUUGGAUUUAUUUUUCUAAUACGUGUUGUCCAAGUUAAACGGAAAAGGGACCAAUCUCCACAUUUUCCGAUACAGGGUGUAUUCAUAUAUCUGUAUAUGUAUAACGGUAAAAAAAGUAAUAUAUAUUUUGUGUAUGUAUAAUAUAUGUAUAUGUACAAUGUUAUCAUUUUCUUACAUAUUAUGAUGUAUUAUAAUAUAGAUGUAUCUUAGAUUGCUAUAAUAUUUCAUAAUUGUUGUUCGAUAAAAAUAUUACUAAUAUGGAACAAAAACAUAAAAUUGAUCAAAUUACGAUGUGAUGUUCAAAUUGAUAUGAUGACAAUAUUUUUCAAACGACUGCGCAGAAUAUAAACGUAGAUUGGUAUAAAUAAUUUUAGUAAAAAUUAUUUAUACAUAUAAUUGACAAUUUCAUAUCAUAACAUAUCAAAUUUGAAAUAAAUGUUAAAUAGUUUUUGAGAAGUCAA